AUGGACCGUUACCCGCAAGAUUAUGUCCUUCAUAACCUGCCUUUACUGCUUCUCUCAGGCCUGAAUACGAGAAGCCCGAGCGAGCCAGACCCCUCGGUGAAGACGCACGACUUCUUGCACGAGGGUGGAUUUAGGAUCAAGGUCGACGCACCAGUUGUCAGCGGCCCUCUCGCCGAACAGUUGCUCCGAUCGUUCUGCGAACAAGAUGCCACUGGGAUACCGUGGCACUCUCAAUAUUCCACCGCGAGGAAUGGUAAGGUUUUCAAGAUAGUCAAGGUUGGACGGGUCUACACUCUUCCGCCUCGCAAAGCACCGCCUCCUCCCCAUUCUCCCCGUCUGUCGGCUGUCGGUGCAAAUGGAAGUCCACCGCCGGCACUUGUUCUGCAUUCUCCGCUGUCGCCCUUGACUCCCAGCUCUCCCUUGUAUCCUGAUGGCAUCAUUUCUCCGCUGUGGAUCACAAAACACCAGUCACGGCUGCCAUGUGCCUUUCUGACGUUCUUUACUCUCGGCUCCGACCCCAACACAAGCUCCCUUCAGGACAAUAAGUUGAAAUCGGAGAUCAACAAUGUGCGCAGUGUCCUUACGUCGGCGAAUUACAAGACCCGACUUGUGGUAAUCUUGCUUGGGGAUGGCAUAGUCAACCCUUCCGAUCUCGAAGAGCGUCUCGGCACCAUUCGACGUGCAACCGGCCUAGAUGGCAAAAGCAUCUAUUUCUUCGCCCAUAACUCUUCGCUCGCAGAGACUGAUGCAUUUGUCAACUCUGUUCUUUCGUCUCUUCAUCCUCUUUGCGUAGAAUAUUACCGGGACCUUUCAAAGCAUGCUCGGCGCAAGCGCAAUCGAAACGCAGCCCCCCAGCCCACAGUACAGCCGGGUAAUUCGCACAUACUGUCUCUGCCGGGUUGGAACGUCCGGUAUGAAUUCAAACUUGGCGUCUUCGCCGAAUUUCGGCAGGAGAUGGAUGCCGCUUGUCGAAACUAUGAGACUGCUUACGAUAGUCUGUUUGCCGCCGAAAUUAUAGAUGCUAUUGCCGUUUGGAGCCCACGUUUCAACGAAGCGAGGCUGCUGGCGGAUGCCAUUGCUUUUCGGACGAUCAGGUGCCUCUUGUGGACCGAUCAGGUUACGACAGCGGUGAGAUCAUGGGUCGCCCACCGAGACCGGAUCAGAGAUUUGGUCAAUCGAAGAGGUAAGGGAACAGACAAUUACGGCUGGGAAGCGUGGCAGACUGCCUGGGCAAAAAUCAUGGCGGACCUAGUAUCUCGGUCCGAAUAUCCUCCACUUCAUGUGGAACUCCUCAACACCUCCGGCCUGCUUCCCAUCUUUGUUGAUGUGGAAAAAUCACUUUCCGUGGGCGAGCGAUUUGUCCCUUGGGAACAGCUUCAUCAUGAGGGAUACUGGUUGGAUAUUGCCAAGAAGUGUAUUGUUGCUCGUCGACAAUGGGCCCUGCAAAUCCCAGAAGACGACAGGCAAUCACCAGGUCGUUCGCCAGCUUCCAUGGUUGCCAGCAAGGCUCAUCUUUACGACACAUAUCUUGCGCUUGAGCCAUACCGUGAAGUCCCCAUAGACGGAAGCCCAGGGUACGAUUAUGUGGAGGAGAUCAUCUCCACGUUGGAUGCCGCUAUCAGUCAUUUUGCAAAGCGAGGCCAGCUGCGCAAAAUGGAGAUUCUUGAACUUCAGAAGGCGUUUGAGCAAAUCCACGCAGAAUCGUGGGCAGAAGCAGCCACCACAUUACGACAGUUGUGGUAUAACCGACACUGGAGACAUGCUGGAUGGUGGAAGUUGCUUCAGGGCCUUGGCUGGGUACUUCUUGAUUGCCUUGCCCAUGUGGAAGAUGGCGAAUUGCUGAUUCAGCUGAUCUGGGAACUAUCAAACGAUGUAUUUGAUCGAAAGCCCAACACCAACUAUGACCUGCGCCGGGUAAUCGCACCAUCCAGCUCGACAGACGGGCUCCUGUCUGUUGCCGUGGGAAUUGAUGAGGCUCUUUCUCCGCUGGUGGCAACAUUUGCUUUCUCAACCCACGAUGUGUUUGUUGGAGAGCCACUGGACUGUCAACUAUGCAUACAAUCUCGAGCACAGGUCGGUCUACCGGUAAUCCGACUAUCGGAGAUCAAGGUCGUCUUCGAAGGCAGUCUGAAACCUGUCUAUCUGCUUGCCAAAGAAGGAGAAGACGGCGACGCCCACACUUCGAGUGCCCAAUUUAUAGACAUCCGGUUGAAUGAAUCAUCGACGAUGCCAUUAUCGGGUACAAGAAGAUCUUCUGCUGGCGCUGUUGCGUCUCAGACUGGCAGUGCCGAUCUAACAAUUCCACCAAACUACACCAAGAUAUUCCGGCUACGUGUCGUGCCUAGGGAAGCGGGGGAAGUCUCCGUUGCCUCCGUCACGCUUAUCAUUAACGAUGAUCGUCUCACCUUUGCCGCAACCUCAGCUAAUUUCUCACACACCGUAGGUCAGUGGUGGGAAUCAAAAGCAGGCGUACCAACGCCUCGAUCACUUGGACAAGAGUCUAAUGCCUUCAAUAAAAUCAAUGUGCAGCCCAAGCCACCAAAGCUGAAGAUUGAGGCUCCCGGACUUAGACGAUCAUACUACACGAACGAAUCAAUAACAAUAGGCUUUGAGAUUUUGAACGAAGAAGAGGAAGACGCAAUUGUAUCGCUCGGCGCACGCAUGAUCAGCCCGGUUGAGGGAGCGGCGCAGAUGAUGUGGACCGGGGAGGGACUUGAAAUGGCACGAGCGACUGCGCCGGGAGCUGGUGUUCUGGCACUACCAGACCGUGAACUCGGGACGAUUCCAUCAUCAGGAAAAGCUGUUGUGUCGCUCCGCAUAUCAGAUACUGCCGCCGCGGUCGAUCACGAAAUAGAACUUCUCGCGACAUACCGGCUCAACUCCGAACAAGAGACGAUCCUCACCAAGACCCUGACUGUCGAUGUCGCAGUCAUCCGCCCAUUUGAAGCAAAUUACGACUUCAUCCCCCGGUUGGACGAAGAGCCUUGGCCGAAUUUCUUCGAAGUGCCCCCACAACCCGCCGAUGCUUCGGCUUCGCUGGGCUUAAGGCACCUGUACUCCGUCGCGGCGAGUAUUUACUCCUUCGCCACGGAGCCUCUAGUCAUUGAAGCUAUUUUGCUCACAGCCGCGAAAAUCGUAGGCGGUGCGGUAUGUUCAGCGACUACCGGCAUCGUGAGGAAAACGGUGGAGACGAGCGAUGCGGCGAAGGACACCAAUGCGACGAUUUCGACCGUGAUAACGCCAGACCACACAGAAACAUUUGACUUUGAUCUCACGCUCCAGAAACAAAUACUGGGCGACCGACAUACAGUGGCGGUUGAACUCGCACUACAAAUCGGCUGGCGUCGACAAGAUUCAGACGAAGUUAGCACAACGCUUCUGGAGGUGCCUAGACUCGUGGCGCCGAUGGCCGAGCCGAGAGUCAUGCUCACCGUUUCCUCGACUAGUCUGGGACCGUCGUGGAACAUUGGGGCAUACAAGUUGUCUUUCACGAUUGAGAAUCCGAGCAUGCAUUUUCUUACAUUUAACGUGUCCAUGGAGGCGAGCGAGGACUUUGCGUUCAGUGGGCCGAAAGCGUGCGCGAUCAGCUUGGUCCCUAUCAGUCGGCAGACUUUGGCCUAUAGAAUUCUGCCGAAUAAGAAGGAUGAAUGGAUCGGAGUGCACCUGAAUGUGGUUGAUGCAUAUUUCGGACAGACACUACGGAUCCUGCCAGGAGGAAAUGGAGUCAAAGUUGACAAGAAGGGUAAUGUGCUCGUCAAGGUCUGA